AUGGAGAUCGCGGUGCGAGUGGUGCGUGCGCGGGUGUGGCUGUCCAGUUCUCAGUUCCUUCAUCAAGAUGGGUUAUUGUCGCUUACUCGUGUUGGCGAAACUGAGAGCGUUGCACAUGCAACUCUGCGCUCCGUACAAGGGAAAAAUGGGGAGCAGUGCUCACUUGCGGAGGUGGCGCAACAACUAGAUCAACACAAAUGCUACCGUACUGUAACAGCAGCAUGGGAAGAUCCAGGCAUCACGUCUGGCAGCAACUGUCCAAAGUUCUCCUUGCCUGAAGAGCUGGCUGCUCAAAUAAACCCCAAGGAAAAGGCAAACAAGCAAAUUAAUUUGCCUCGACUGGACUUCCAGCUAUUUCUUCUAAAACCGCGCUCACGUGGAGGAACCUCAGCGCGCUCAGGACCGAUGACCGUGUAUCUUGGGUCGAGCGGGUGGCAAUUAAGCGAGAAAGAUGUGGAAGCGUUGGUGUCUUCUCGAGAGGUGGUUUUUCUCACGACACUUCAGAACGAGCUUGGAACACUGGAGGUGAAGCUUCGGUCUGCUGAAGACGAUGCCGACAUCCCCACAGGCUUCACCAUUAACUGGAGCUCUAGUGAGGUGCUGCAGAAGGGUCUGGCUGAGAAGGCUCGACUCAAAGAAGAAGCAGACAAGAAGCUAAUCGUGCAGCUCAAGCAAACAGCCAGCAAGGCAGCAAAACUUCUUGAAACCCGCGACUUGUUGCUUGUCCACAUACAUCGCUCACGAGCUGCCUCCAUUAUUCAGCGUCGAGUUCGUCUACUGCAAUACAAAACGAAGGAAAUUAUCACGAAGUUGCGUCAAGAAGAAGAGGCACGCAUUGCGGCGAAAAAGGCGAAAGUAAGGGAAAUAGUCAUCGCGCGUAACCGCGAACGUGCACUUGCCAUGCGUGCUCGUCUUCUUGGGCAUCUCGACAAUAAUAGGUCCUCUAAGAAUGCCACACCAGACGAUCCACCAGCGUUAAAGCGGAUAGUGGAGUACAUGGAAACUGAGCGAACAAAGUUGAAGCAAAAACUGGAAGUUCUCGAGAUGCAGCGCCAACAGCUAACGAAAAAGCUAGACCGGCCUUCUAGAAGUGCUCAGCAUUCGCCAUACCAACGCAACGACCGAUUUUUCGACGACGAGCUUGUUCGUGCCGUACAGGAGCUGCAUUUCACCCGAACACACAGCAACCAAAUGUAG